CCUCCCUCCCCCUCACCCCCUCUCUUUCCCCUUCCCUCCUCUCCUUGCUCCUUCCUCUUUGCCCCUCUUUCGACAUCUCUCUCCACCACCCACUCCUUCCUACCCAUCGCAGCCGUAUUUGCAUCCCUCCUCCCCCUUUCUUUUCCCAUUAGGGCCCGGGCCUCCUCCCUCCCGCUCUGCCGGGGAAUGUCCAGCUAUUCGAGCCAUCACUGGCGAACCCUGGACCGGUGUGGCGCCUCCAGUGUGGUCGCCUGGCGCCCGCACCGGCUCUCGCUGCUGAAGCUACACCGGCAGAGCAGCUACUGGUCUCGGCCCAAGUGGGCCGCGGGCUCGGGCCCGGCCCGCUGCCGGAGCCUGGCCCUGGUUGCGGGGGUAGGGCUCGGCAUCGGGCUCGGCAUCGCUUUCACUCGCGAUCUGGCCCUGCAAUCGGAAUGCCUGUCCGAGGAGGAAGAGCAGCGGGGACCGUCGGCCCGGAGCCUGGAGGCGGCCCGGGAGGUGGGCCGGGACUUGCUGCAGAGGAUCAAGGAUGAAGUGGGAGCCCCUGGGAUAGUAGUUGGAGUUGCUAUGGAUGGAAAGGAAGUUUGGUCUGAAGGACUGGGCUAUGCAGAUGUGGAAAACAGAGUGCCGUGUAAGCCAGAUACGGUGAUGCGAAUUGCCAGCAUCAGCAAACCCCUUACCAUGACUGCCAUCGCCAAGCUGUGGGAAAAUGGAAAGCUGGAUUUUGAUGCUCCGGUGCAGAAGUAUGUGCCAGAAUUUCCAGAAAAGGAGUACGAAGGAGAGAAAGUAACGAUAACUAUAAGGUUGUUGGUGUCCCACCUGAGUGGCAUACGGCACUAUGAGAAAGAUGUUAAGAAAGUACGGGAACAAAAGAAAAAAGACAAGAAGGGACAGAAGCUUGUUAAAGACACUGCAGAGCCAAAAACCUGCCGGAACAAGAAGGAGUUUGAAUAUGAAGAAUACUACAUCAAAGAAAAAUUUGAGAAUAUUUCAAAAUCACUGAAGCUCUUUGAGAAUGACCCCUUGGUUUUCAAACCUGGGGAUCAGUUCUUGUAUUCAACUCAUGCCUGGACCCUUCUUGGUGCUAUAGCGGAGAGGGCUUCUCAGCAAAACUUCUUGCAGUUGAUGGUUAAACUGUUCCGGGAUCUUAAUAUGCUCAGGACUGUGCCAGAUGAAAAUGAGCCAAUCAUAUACAACCGAGCCAGGUACUACACUUACAAUGAGAAGGGGCGACUGGUUAACUCUCCAUAUGUGGAUUGCUCAUACAAAUGGGCUGGAGGUGGUUUCGUCUCCACUGUGCAAGACCUGCUGAAGUUUGGUAACGUGAUGCUCUACAGCUACCAGGCUGGGCAGCUGCAGGAUGGGCACCAGGCAUUGCUCCCAGGCUACCUUGGGCCGGCCACCAUGAGGAUGAUCUGGAGACCAGUAGGGAAAACCGAACUGAACUGGGACAGAGAUGGUAGCUACGCCAUGGGCUGGGGCGUUGUGGAGCAAGGGCAAGAGUGGGGGCAGUGCCGGAAACGAAGGCACUACCUCACACACACUGGUGGGUCUGUGGGUGCCAGCAGUGUCCUGCUGAUCCUCCCCAAGGUAUCUGGCCAAUCAGAGACAGAAACUCUCCCACAAGGGGUAGUGGUUGCCAUCCUCUGCAACUUGCAGUCUGUUAACCUUAACACCACCGCUCUGAAAAUUGCAUUAGAAUUUGACAAGGUCAGGAAUGCUGAACCCUCCAUUCCAACCCCUGCCGGUGGUGGCCCAAUACUAGCAGAUGACGUAAAUGCUGAAAGAGCCAGUUUUCAAGAAUGAGCAGCAUUUGGGGCUGGAGGACAGGGUAUUCCUGUGCUGAGGACCCUCAUUGACUAGUAAGCUUGCCACUCUGAUUGGGGAUAUGUCUCUUCUCCCUCCACUGCAUCAUAAAUGAUACUAUAACUCAAGCUAAGGAGUUGAAAUUGGAUUUAUUUUUUUAAAAAUAGGUUUCGUUUUUAGUCGUGACUAGGGGGUCAUCUUGGAAUCUAUCAGUAAUGAUGAGCUGGCACCCGUGCAAUUCCAUCGUUCUUGAGUGCAGAUCUUGCACGAUCGGCAUUUCAACAUUUUGUUCAAUCAUUUCCAGUUGAAUGAUUUUACAAAACAAUGUUUUAUAAACUUUACUGAAAGAAAUCUAAAAAAGUAGUUCAUUAUUUCUUUGUAACAGUAUUGGAAAAUGUUAAUGAACUGUGUUUUAAGGUAUUAAGCAAGAAGCUCUGUGACUGAGAAAUGGUGAUUGAAAGCUGGAAAUGCUGAUUAUUCACGGAUAGAUUCUGCUUGUAGUCCAGACAUUCAGUGUUGGGCAAUCCCACAGUGAGAUUUUGUUUGUUUUUCUAUGAAAACCACAAAAGUUUUCUUCAAAAUCAUUAAAGCCUUUAAUAGAUUGACAUCAUCUUUAGGAAUGUAUAUAGUGUACACAAGGACAGGAGAAUUGGAAGAAGCAAGUUGUUUGACUCUGGCACCGCUCCAUCAUUUAAUCUGGUGACUGCAAAUUUCACUUCUAGUAUCUUGCACCAAUACCAUUUCCUUUGAUCUUGUUGAUGUCAAAAUAUCUUUUGAUCUGUCUCGAACAAAUUUAGUGAUUGAGCCCACACGACUCCCAUGUGACAACAAUUCCCGAGAUUCACCGUGUAAAAAUUUCUUCUCAUUUCUGCCCCGAAUCUUCAUCGCCUUGUAUUUGUUUUGAGCUUCAGGAAAACAAAAUGAAAAUUAAUGAUAAAAUACAACACAGCAUUAAAAUCAAAUAAAAUUUGUUUGAAAUAUUA